AACGUGAACGCAACUUUAAUGCGGCGGUUUGACAGGUCAGCCUCGAGCACUCUUUUUAGCUUUCUGAGUAGCGUAUUUUCGUUUUAAUUUACGUUGUAUCUAUAUUUACGUGUUACAAUUAAUAUUUACGUAGACAUUAAUGUAGUGUACACUAUGAAUUAGGUCGUAUCUAAGUGCACUUACAGUGUUACAUAAACAAUAUAGUCCGUAUCGGCAAUUCCUAUGCAUUUAAGUUUGCGAUACGUCAGUUGAUGAAUGUUGGGUGAAAGAUAAUGGAUGUGGAUACUCCGAACAUACUAAAAAGAUCCAGUAGCGCACCUCUCAUCAAUGAAGCGGCAUCUACGGCGGCUACGUCGCCCACCACGAGUACUGCGCCCAGGAGCACGUCAUUCUUCAACAUGUUCAACAACAGUUUGCCGCGCACGCGCAGCAACAGCAUCAGCUGUAGCCCGCUGUCGGCGGCUGUCAGCAUCCCCACCCUGCAGAGCACUUGCAACCGGCGGCUGACUCCACGCGUGAACCAGCUGCGCGCGGAGGAGUGCGCGGACGUGAGCAACACGCGCGAGGUGGCGCACGAGCGCGAGGUGCACACCGCCAUGCAGAUGGGCCAGUCGUACGAGGACCUCGGCCUAGCCAACUCGCCCACCAGAGUGCCCAGAUUUUCGCCAGCGGUGUCACCGUCGUCAACGCGUUCGCAACCCAAAUUCACGACGCGACGGAGUCUCUCGCCGAUAGCACUGCGAGCGUCCUCCUUCAGCCCCAUCAGCAGACCCAACGUUUUGAUAGGGAAGAGACGAUGCGACGACUCAGACACCCCAUUCUCAAAACGGAUGUGCACGACCGACCGACUCACCCCUUCAACCCCUGGAACACCUGACUCUGACUCCUUAGAAUGCACAUUCAGGCCAGUGUCACCCCGGUCCAUCCCCAUGAACGAGUCACCCAACGAGUCGCACGACAUACACGAAAACCACAAGUCACCCAACCCGAGCUAAUAGAAUGUAAACUUUAAAUUGGUUAUAUCUUGGAAAUGAAUUACUGGUGAAAUUCAAAGAAUCAUGAACCAAGAGGUGAAUUGUCAACUGUAUAGCAUAAAGGGCUGAAAAUAGUAUGGAAUACGCCCUGAUUGCUGGAUAAAGAGCACAAUAAGGGUUAUCCCGUGUUAAGAUCUUCUGAGACACAAAAGAGCAAGGUUUUAAGGUCAAAAUUUGCGAUAAUAAACAUCGUUUUAUGGUGCUUUGUAUAACAAUAGAAAACUACAAAGUAUUAUUGACAAUUGUUAUGAAAUAAGAUGUACGAUAACGCUCUGACAAAAAGAUAAAGUAGUAAACCCAAUGAAAUUUAUUUAUCUCCAAUAGUGUAGAAUAAUAGUCUCAGACCAAUUAUUGUAUAUGAUAUUCCUCACUAGAAAAGUAACGUACUUUUCUGUCAAAGUAUAUGAUCAACGAUCUAAUGCAAUUAUAAAACCUGUCUCUAUAGAGUCAAUGUUUUAUAGUUGUAAUCGUGUUCGUCGGUUAAAAAACUCCGUAAAAAUUAGUAAACCUUAUUGUGUAAUUGAAUAGUGUGUAAACGGGCAAAAACUUCUAGUUUAGUAUAAAAUAUAUACUAAAACUAAGCUCGUUUUCCACAGAAAAUGAGAGACAAUUUUAUUUGUGAAUAUGGGUGCAGUACUGAUCCUUUCAUAAUUGGUCAGAGACUACAGUAAAAUGAACAAUCUUCUUAUGUGUAACUGCAGUAAAAUAACGAUUGUAUUUUUGUAUUUUUCAUCUUGAGAGAGCAUUACUUUAUAAAUGCUAAAUGCUACUUUAUAUUGUAUGGAAUGCAAUAUACUCCAUAUUGCAUUGAAUAAUCUGACAAUGGGAAAUACCAAUGGGGAUGAUGACUAGAUUUGAAUAUAUCGAUUUUUAUGAUUCGGGUAAAUAAGGUCAAUGUUAACUAAUUUAUACAUAAAAGCAAAGAUUGUCUGGAUAUUUGCAAAAUAAUUUCAAAAUCUAUUAAAAAUCUUUUAUCGUAGUUAGAUGAAAAUUCAUGCAGUUUUAGCUUUCUUACAUUAAAUGUGUCAUUUUUCAAUAAAUGAACUAUAAACAUAAACGUGCAAAUCACAAAGAUAUUAGUAAUUUUGUUUCAACGCCCAUACAAAUCUAAAGAUCAGUAUCAUAUCAUAUCAGAUCAGUAUCGUAACAGUUUGUAUGGGGUAUUUUUCAGGGAUCCGCGGCAACGCUGGAAAUCUGACCCUUUAAAUCUCUGUAGCUCCGAAAGUAAUAAUCACAGAUACCCUAUUACUUUUACAAAAUUGUUUUACUAUUAGCAUAAUUAAUUUAGAUACAAUUUAAAAAACUAUUAUCAUCCCUAUUCAAGGCGGAGGUCCUUUGCUCAUUUGUGCAUAAUGGUUCUUUACCUUCGAAAACCUGAUUUAGCAGUUUAUAGGUAUAACAAGAGAAUGUUUUCCUAUAUUAGUCAUUUGCUUUCAUCUAAAUAGUAGUAAGCUGGGCCUGAUACGUGGUUGUGUGCUCAUAACGUGAUAAUUGAUGUAGAAAUGUACAGUGAUAUUACAGAAAGAGGGAAUUACACAUUAAAGUAUAAUUUUGUUGUUAAACAAAAGAUAUAGACACUAAAAUGUGAAUUUGGUUAGUGGAAGAAACUUAUGAAUAUGUGAAAAGCUGCUGAAAUGUGUGUAUAGUGUGCAAUUAUUGCAAACGUCGUUGGAACUUUUGAAGGAAAUGGAACUGUAAAGUGCAGUGUUGUUUCAUAAGGACUGAUUACUAUGAUUUUUUGUCAUUGUGAUGUUUGUCACUGUCUAUCUCUCAAUGCUUUUAAUUUAAAUUCUCAUGAUCAGGGAAUAUGCAUGUUUCAAAUUAAGGAUAAUUUCACGUAAUUAUAUUACUUAUUGCUACGAAUUAAUAGAUAUUUAAAAGUGUGAAAAAUCCUCCGAAAAAUUCAAUAAUAGUUAAACGUUCGCUAUUGGUCCGUUUGAGAAGUGACGUCAUUUUACGUGUUGUCAAAUUUUGAAUACCCAUAGAAAAGAGUCUUGACAUUUGUUACGUCACAGUACAUGUUAGUAUGGCGCAUUAAAAUAGGUUGAAAUAUGUUGGAUAUUUAAAGAAUUUAUAAUGCAGAAUAAUGUAAUAAUAUCUUGGAAUUUCACUUUUAUCAUAGUUUGUUCUGUCACAAUUUGGUUAAAAAUAUAAAAAUUAAAUACAUGUAUGUUCCCUACUGUAGAUGCUUUCAUUUGCUACAACUAAUUGUCACUAUUGUCAAGUCUCUGAACUCUUCCAUACAUUGUAAUAGUAUUUGUUGUUACAAUAUGUCACUUUGACAAGAAAUUAUACUAAUGAAUGAUCAGUUAAGUACAGGUGCAUUCAAAGAAGCCUAUGUGGAGCAUAUCUUGAUUACGUCACAAAUUUAUAUUCAAUUUGUUUAUUACAAUAUGGAAGCUGGUACUGGUGGUAUACCUUUUUGUGACAUAAUGAAUAUAGUGUCCCUAUGGAAUUAUAUAGUUCCUAAUAGUGAACUUGUAAAUGGUAGCAUAUUACAUAAGGCAUUUCCACAAUAUCAGAUCUGAUAUACAAGUAAGAAGUAAAACAUUGGUGCACAACAAACAAACGGAAUUCUCAAAAUCAAUACAUACAAUUAGUUUUUUUUUUUUAAUAAAAAACGAUGGAUAUGUUUGUUCAUUUCUGACUUUUCUUCAUCAGACCACACGUCCAAAGACUAACACGUCUUCCAAAAAUAGACAAGAGUCUUUGAACAACUUUUUUUUACAAUAAACGUCAGCUAGAAACUGGUACAAUCAUAAAAGUACCACAGUAGUACGCUUCAAAGUUACUUUCAUGCAACUAUACUGGAUCUGUUAAUGUGGAAACUUAAAAAAUCGUAGAAAUAUAAAGCGAGUGCCCUUUAAAUAGCCAAAGCAUCCAAAACUUUAUUGUAAAUAUAUGUUAGACGCGUUCUCGAGGUUUUGUAUAUAGUUUUAGUAUAGUAAGUGAAAUGUAGCCAUCGGUGCCGAUUGACUACGACCAAUCCUAAGACAAACUACGAACUAGCCUAGUAUUAUUUUUUUACAUUAAAUUAAAUAUUAGAGUGCUUGGCUACAAUCAUGCUAGACAAUGCAGCCUAUGGUAAAUGCGCUUGCCUAGAAGAUGCCUAUUCACUGUUGACUUGAUACCCAUAUUGUAGGUGGUGGGGAAAACGGAAGCUGGAAGGGCAUUCCAUAACUUGGCAUUGCGGAUCAGGCACGAAGAGCCGAAAUGCUAAAGACGCCGACUUUACCAAAACCAAAUUGUUUUUGUAUAUAGAAACCUAAAUCUAACCUUCAUAAAAAAUAAACACAGACAACCACAAAGAUGACAUUGGUGUCCAUAUUCUGCUAAACUUUAUAGGGUAAUAGGGUUUCAGUUACAUAUUUUACAAUUUAAAUAUUCUACCGUUAAAUAUAUAUUAAUAUUAAAUAUAUAUAGUCCUGUCUAUAAUCUAUCUCCAUUCCAGAUUUCAGCCGAAUCGGUUCAGUAGUUUCGGCGUGAAAGUGUAACAAACAUACAAACUUAUGCGUAAUAUGACUUCGUUUGGCUUAGGAUUGGUACCUAGCCAAAUCAGCACUUAUUGUAUUGUAAGCUCAUUCGAUGAGUCGCGUAGACUCGUUUCAUCCCGCCUUUAUUCUUUACAUCAAGUAAAGUAGUGUUUAGUCUCAUCGUCGCUGGUAACGCUUUUAUGUUUACAGCCCCCUAGCCAAGUGGCAUGUCGAUUCUCUUUCUACGAUCGCUAACGCUACGAAAACUAGAAAAACGUAUGGGAAUGACAGAUCUUGAUCACGUGACCUGUCGAUAGCAAAUGUCAUUCCCAUUCAUCUGUCUAGUUUUCGAAGCGUUAGCGAUCGUAGAAAGAGAAUCGACGUGCCACUUGGCUAGGGGGGCAGUCCCGAAACACAAUAGAGUAUUUGAGUACCUAACUAAGGUUGUUUUUACGUUUCUAAUACGUAAAUACAACCUUAAUUAUUCACCUUGACGAAUUUUGCAAAAAAGACAAAAAAUAUCAUUUGGCAGGAUAAUAUGAUAAAAAAUAAUAGUAAAGUUUUUUUAUGCUAUGGUAAAGGAAUAUUAUGUUUUUUUUAUUCAAUUAUUUACAAUCGCUUGCUCUAUUGUGUUGUGGUAAAUCAAUUUAUAAAAUAAUUUAUUUUAAUAAAAACAAGAUUUGCUCAUUUAUUCCGCCAUUUGUAAUUUAAUUUAAUUUAAUGUGGCCAAACGCGACAUGGUACAUUUUUGACAUGCAAUAAUAAUAUAAUUAAUCAUUAAUGAAACUUUUGAAUUGUAAUGAAACAAAAUAUAUUGAAUAAUUUAUUGUAUCACUGCAGUGCAGUGUGUCAAAUAUCAUUUUCAUUUUAGUUUUUUGUAAUGUGUUCAUUAUUAAUUUGGAAUAAACUAAUUGAUUCUCUUUCUACAAACGCUAUCGCUUUGAAAACUAACAAAAUGUAUGGGAAUGACAGAUCCGGUCAACAACUUGAUCACGUGACCCUGUCAUUUUAUAUGACCCUGAAUAUUAACAAAAGAAAUGUGUGCGUCUAGGGACGCUCAACAGAAGUUUUAAUUUAAACCUGCUGCCGUAAACAUGAGAGAAAGGGAAACAUGCCAGGCAGAGUGGCGCCGUAACGCGUUACGUUACGAAGCGGUUUACCCUCCCCUGAUAAUUUAACACUUCAAAAAUGCAUGGGAAUGACAUUUCCUAUCGACAGGUCAAGGGAUCAAGUUAUCGAUCGCAUCUGCACUUCCCAUACAUUUUUUUUAAAUUUUCGAAGCGUUACCGUUUGUAGAAAUAAAAUCGACGUCACGUGGCUAUAGACCCUUACCCAUUAUUUGUUCGAAUUUUUAACGCCAUGUAUUUAUCAACAAAUAUUAUUUAACUUGCCAGAUAAGUUUUAAUCUCACUAUUCGUUGAAGAAAAAAAUUCUUAAUAAUAUUGAUCGUGAAUCUGUAAGUAGAUGAUUUAAUUCAAUAGUUUGUUAUGUUAAAAUUGGUUAUUUUAACCAAUUCAUUUAAUCGCAUAAAAUUAAUUUAACAUGAAGAAUGUUUGGGAUAUUCCUCGCAUAGAAGCGUUUACCUAUUGUAUUGUUGAUAUUGUCUGCAUUUUUAUUUGUAUAAAAUAUAUUGAGGAAUAUAAUUUUUAUUGUAUUUAAUUCGUUAAGUGAGUCAAGAAGGUUUGGCUUGGUCUGUUAUAGUCUUACAGCAGUGGGAAUGUAACAGAUCAAACCUACGAUUUCUAGAAAUAAUAAAUUUUCAAGUGUGAUUAAAUCACAGACAUGAUUAAGAA